UGUUACUGCAGCAGGGUCUGCCCCUCUCAGUCCUGGUUCUGGUUCUCCAGUGCCCCCCUUCCAUCCGGCGGGUCCAGCACUAGGUCCUGGGUCUCCAGCAGCGUGGAGUCGGUGUCGGCUCCAUGAGGAACAGAGGAGAAGCUCUGAUGACGAGCUUUAAGAAGAACUCUACCAGACCAUCUUCUCUCUGGUGGUCUGUUUCCUGAUGAGGUCUAUGGAGGACCAGGACUACACUGAGCCCGGUUCAGGGCCAACUAAAGGCUACAGCUGCUGUGACUCUCCUGUGAAGGAGCAGGCUCGAGGAGAGGAAGUGAGGAAACGGCAGCUGUCGGCUGGAUGGGGGGUGCAGGGUAGUCAUGGAUCAACCCCAAACCCCGGCGCCGUAGCACCGACGAGGCCGCUCCAGAGCGUUCCAGAGCGGGCACACUCUACGACCCGAGACGGCCUCUUCCUGCUGGGAGAAAUGUGGCUGAAGCCGGAGGAAGUUCUGCUGAAGAACGCGCUGAAGCUCUGGGUGACCGUGAGGAGCAACGACUUCUUCCUCCUGCAGAGGAGGAGAGGCCACGGGGAGCCGACGGGACGGAUCACAGGUCUGCUGGUGGGGGCUCUGGACUCGGUGCUGGACUCCAAUGCCCGGGUGUCACCCUUUCGCAUCCUCCUGCAGGUUCCCGGGUCCCAGAUCAGCUGGGUCAUCGCCAACGGAGCUGCCGAAGAGGACGUGAACAAGCACUGGGACUGGCUGGUCCACCACCUGCUGCACUCCCUGUCUGUGUUUGAGAACAAAGAGGAUGUGGCCAGCUUCGUGAGGGGGAAAGUCAAGGGCCUCAUCGCGGAGGAGGUCCGGGGUCGCCAGGCCGCCCAGGAGGAGGAGCCGGACAAGUUCAGGGAGGCGCUGCUGAAGUUCGAGCUGCACUUCGGCCUCCCCUCAUCGGAGAAGCUGGUGACGUACUACUCGUGCUGCUGCUGGAAGGGCCGGGUGCCUCGGCAGGGCUUCCUGUACCUCAGCAUCAACCACGCGGCCUUCUACUCCUUCCUGCUGGGGAAGGAAGUGAAGUUCGUGAUUCCCUGGGCGGAGGUGACGCGGUUGGAGCGGGUCUCCACCGGUCUGAUGACGGAGGCCGUCCGGAUCAACACGCGGCAGCGCCAGAGGGAGUUCUCCAUGUUCCUGAACCCGGACGAGGCGUUCGGGUUCAUAGGUCAGCUGGCUGACAUCGCGCUCAGGCGGCUGCUGGACAGCGAAGGCCUGGAGGUGGACCGAGUCCUGCAGCAGCCCGCCCGCAUCACCAAGAGGAUCCUGGAGGAGCAGGCCUUGAGGGAGUACGUCCUGGCCCUGUUCCGGCUCCCUCGUGGCGAGCGGCUGCACGAGGUGGCCUCGUGUUCGGCGUGGACGCCCCACGCGCGCUGCCACGCGGCCGGGACCCUCUACACCACCGACGGGUACAUGUGCUUCUCCGGCCGAGAGGAAGGCAGCUGCAUCCUGCUCAUCCCGCUGUCGGAGGUGUUGUCCAUCGAGAAGGCGGAGAGCACCACCCUGCUCCCCAACCCCGUCAUCGUGAGCGUCCGGACCAAGAAGGCCUUCCAGCUGAUCGAGCUGCAGAACCGAGACGAGCUGGUGGAGAACCUGAACUCCCGACUCCGAGCUCUGCAGUGGAAACAGUCCAUGUUCCGCAGCCGGAGGGACGGCAAGAGGAGCGCGAGCGCCCCGACGCCCUACUACACCUUCUACUACGACACCGGUCCCUCAGACGACGAGAUCGAGGAGCAGGUUCUGCGUAACACCGUCAACAGCGAGGCUCUGAUGACGGCCUUCCACCAGAACCAACCAGGAACCCACAGCAUCAAGAGCUCGGAGCAGCUGAAGGAACGUCUGUGGGAGGACCACUUCUCCGAGUUCGGUCGCGGCGUCCACAUGUUCCGCACAGACAAGAUCCAGAGACUCGUUGCCAUGGGGAUACCAGAGUCUCUGAGGGGGGAGCUGUGGAUGACGCUUUCUGACGCGACCUCGGAGCUGGAGUCCCACCAGGGCUACUACACCAGCAUGGUGCAGAAGUCGAUGGGCCUGAGCAGCUUGGCCACGGAGGAGAUCGAGCGAGACCUUCACCGCUCGCUGCCGGACCACCCGGCCUUCCAGAACCCCACCGGCAUCGCUGCCCUGAGGCGCGUCCUCACCGCCUACGCCCACCGCAACCCCAAGAUCGGAUACUGUCAGUCGAUGAACAUCCUGGCCUCGGUGCUGCUGCUUUACGCCAAAGAAGAAGAAGCGUUCUGGCUGCUGGUGGCGGUUUGUGAGCGGAUGCUGCCGGACUACUUCAACCGCAGGGUCAUAGGAGCUCAGGUGGACCAGUCGGUGUUCGAGGAGCUGAUCCGGGAUCGGUUGCCCGAGCUGGCCGAGUGCGUCCCGGACCUCUCCGCGCUGUCCUCCGCCUCGCUCUCCUGGUUCCUCACCCUGUUCCUCAGCGUGCUUCCUUUCCACAGCGCCGUCUGCGUGGUCGACUGCUUCUUCGUCCACGGGAUCAAAGCCAUCUUCCAGUUGGGUCUGGCGGCGCUGGACGCCAACAUGGCGGCGCUGUCGGCGAGCACGGACGACGGCCAGGCGCUCAUGAUCCUCAGCAGUUUUCUGGACCAGGUUGGAAGUGAAGAGUCCUCGUGUCCUCCGGCCUCGUGUCCUCCGGCCUCGUGUCCUCCGGCCUCGUGUCCUCCGGCCUCAGAAGACGCCGGCGGCAGCGACGUUCUCGCUGUGAGAAACACAAACAUCAGCGACCUCAUCAACGAGUCCUACGAGAGAUUUGGAGACCUGACUGUGAAGCAGAUCGAGCGGCUUCGCUGUCGCCACAGAAUCCGAGUUCUGCAGGCUCACGAAGACACCACCAAAGACAACGCGUCUCACUCCCCAGUCUCCUCCUCCCCUCUGCAGCUGCGGGUGGUGACUCCAGACGUCUCCAUCUCUGCAGAGAACCUGUCCGCGGUCUACGACCUCUUCAAGACGGAGCACUUCAUCAGCCUCUACUGGGGCGACGGCAGCUCGGCGGCGGCGGCGGAGGCGGCGGCGUGGCGGCACGGCGACUCCGGGCGCUCCUACGUGGAGCGGCAGUACCGACUGGACCGGCCCCAGUUCAAGAGCCUCUACGGGCUGCUGGCGCCGUGGCCCGGGGACUCCAACCAGCACGCCGACACGCUGGCCGACCGCACCUUCACCCUGCUGGACCAGGACGGGGACAGCCUGGUGACCUUCAGGGACUUUACUGGCUGGCUGGACACGUUGUACUGUGCAGAGCUGAGUGAGAAGAUCCGGCUGCUGUUCCGUCUGCACAUCCCACCAGCGCUCACUCACACUGAGGAGGACCCCUCCCCCAUGAAGAGCCCCCAGCUGUCCACCCACAGGCCGCUCCGUGUUCAUCGGCCUUCUGUUCCAGGUGUUGAAGGAGAGGAGACGGAUUACCAGCAGCAGCUGAAGCAGAUGCUGAAGGACCUGCUGAAGGAGAAGGACGUGGAGAAGCCUCUGCCCCUCAUGAACCAGCGCGAGUUCAUCCAGUUCUGCAAGACUCUGUACAGCAUGUUCCACGGCGACCCGGAGGAGAACGAGCUCUUCCAGGCCAUCGCCACGGUGACCAGUCUCGUGCUGCAGAUCGGGGAGGCCGGCCACCGUGGCCACGCCCCCGAGGUCAUUGGCUCGGGGUCAGAGGUCGCCGAAGACGAGUGGACCGUCAGCUACGCUCAGAUCUUGGCGUCGCUGCUCACCGAACAGGCGCUGGUGAACUUCCUGGAGAAGCCGCUGGAUCUGGGCGCCAUGGUUACGGCGGCCCGGGAGAAGCAGUACCACCAGCGGGCCGGUUUGCUGACCCUGCAGCUCCGGACCAGGUGACUCCAGUGGGACCUCCGCCCCCCCACGCCCCCCCACGCCCCCCCACAGAGGAACACGACACAUUCAUCUGUCACCACUUGAUACAUUGUGACAAAUUACUUUAAUAAAAGGUCGAUGAAUCAUUUAUUAAUCAAUAACUUGCCAGGUUGUGAAACAUCGGACUCAUUCCUGAGGUAAUAAAAGUAACGCAGGGUCUGACUUCCUAAUUAUCCAUAACUCUGUUAUAAAUAUUAUUAGUGAUAUUGAAUUGAUUCUCACUUCAUAGGGAGCCAAAGUUAGUAAAUAAACGGAGAUUAAUGUGUUCUUUCUAUCCUAAAUGUUAAUAAAUACAUUUCCAUCCAGAAGGUCAGAGGUCAAACGUCCACAUUGAGCAAACAAACAAAACAUUUUCACAACCUGGCAACCCAAAGAUUUAUCUUAUUGCUCCCUUAUAACCGGGAAAGGCGUUAAUCAUAACUCACCGCGUAGAACGUUAUUAUAUUAGGAUUAAGAACGGCCUCAUGAGGAACCUUGUGGAACGUUAUUAUAUUAGGAUUAAAGGAACCGAUGAUCUUCACAAAGAACAAAUCCAGCACGCAGAUCUUUUCUACUGAUUUUUGUAAUAUUAAAUGUUUUCAAAUGCUGUCUCGAAUAAAUAAAUAUUUUUUUCUAAUUAUUGGAACAAUAAUCCAGUUUCCAGAUUGUGGAGGAAAAGUCGACAGAUGGAAUUCUUCCUUUUGGAAAUAAAAGACUUUGUUUAAAGA